AUGAUCUUGGUAUUUGAUACACUUACAAAACUCGACCCAUUGUAUCAAUUAGCAUCCGAGUGUUGCUCCUGGUUUCCAGAAAACACAGUAAUAAUUUCCGAUAUAGACGAAAAUUUAGCACAGCUCAGAUCAGAUAUACAGCCUAUACUUGAGCAAGAGAAGCAGAAUGCAAUUUUUUUUUCUGGACUUACAUGGUCAAAUAUUGUAAACGACGUACUUUUACCUAUUUUCCCAAGUAUAUCUGGGAAUGUGAUUCAACUUCCAAUCAGUUUUGGAACAUUUAUUACCAUGACACCAAAAGAGCUUAAAGACAAACAGCUGAGCGACAUUGAGCCCAUAAGUUGUGAUGAGUGCAAAUCAACGUUUGGUGCAAUGGAUGAUUGUAAACAAAACGAAACGUGCGACAAGGAAGAACAAUCAUUCUACAAAGGAAAUAAAGUAUCGUGGUGGAAUUUCUAUUUUGAGAUACAAGUUUGUAAGAGAGAUGUUUUUGACAAGUUCAGAACUAAAAUUGAAAAGAAAAUACGCGAAGGAACUAAACGGGUGGAAAUUUUAAAGAUAUUUCACCAACCUGGAGCUGGUGGCACCACUCUUGGACGACAUCUUUUGUGGCAUUUCAGUCAGUUUAAGGGAGACUUCUCGAAUUUAUUCCGAUGCUGUUUAGUAAAUAAUGUUGUCGAAAGGGAUACGACAGAGCAAAUUUUGGAACUUUGGUCUUUUAAGGACGAUGACAAAGACAAAAGAAAUCCAGUCAUUGUUUUAGCUGACAAUAUUCCUGAAGAGUCAUUAGCAAUUCUUUGCGACAACCUAGACACUCUUUCAUAUCACAAUGGGUCAACGUUAGAAAACCUGUUUUGUCUCUUAGUGGUUGUUACCCGGAAUAUGACAUCGAAGGAAGACUCAAUACUGAGACAGGCACUUUCCAAAAGAGAAAAAAUGUGGUUUAAGAAGCGUUCGAAGAAUUUAGAAGAAACAAAAAGCAAACAGCAAAUUGAUUCGAUGAUAGCAUUUAACGUUAUGAAAGAGGACUUCAAUCCAGAAUACAUCUUACAAACUACAAAACGAAUUAUGUGUGGACUGAAAGGAAACGAAAUAAAGCUUGUGCAGCACCUUUCUGUCACAAACACGUAUGAUGCUGAUGCCUCAUUUGCACCCGAAGUAUUCGACAAGCUCAUCGGAAUGGAACGAUCGACUAUCACUAAAUGGACCAUGAAUGACCUAUUGAAAGUAGGCGGACCCGUGGGACUUUCUGGAGCUCAACGGAGAAACAUUAUUCCUUUUCGACAAACUUGGAAUGUCAGUUCAUCAGAGUCUUUAGAGCUUCUCAUAAAACACAGUGUUGUAGAUAAUCGUAAUAGGGUUUCACUGGUUUCUCCGCUGAUAGCAAAAGCGAGCUUAGAAUUCAUUAAAGAAAAAGAACAAUUAGACUUAGAAAAAAUUAUCUAUGAAUUGCUAGCAUUAUUGGAAGAACGUCAAAAAGAUUCACGCGAAGCAUACUCGACCGGAAAAUUUAAUGGUGUUGUUUGUAAUUUAUUCAAUUAUCGACAUCGGCAAAAGAGACCUUUUGGAGAAGGAAAGAGUACGUUUUCCAAUCUUGUAACCGAUUUAUCAGACGUAAGGAGUUGGGAAACAAGUAAAGAUGCGUUUGACAGGACAGAUAAGCUUAUGAAUCGCUGUUUCCAAAUUACAAGAGAUCCGUACGUUGGUCAACAAAGGGCAAGGUUUUGCAUUCACUUUCACCAAUAUGUACAUGCCGAAGAAGCUAUUAAAAUGGCAUUGAAAGAAUCUGACAAGGUUCCUAUAUUGUAUGACACAUUUGGACAAAUAUAUAGGACACAACUUAUUUCCUCUAUGAAGGACGCCAAUGUAGAACCAAAACAAUUACUCACACUAGCAUGCAAGGCAAUUGAAAAAUUUCAAGAUGCUCAACGACUCGGCAAAUUAGAUGACUUGUCAUUUUAUGAAAUGGAAAUUUCUGUUGGCUUGAGUGUUUUAGAACAUUUGCGUAACAGAUAUAAAGAGCCGUUUGUGAACUUCAUAAAUGGUUUGUCGUCUGUAGGCAAAUUUGUUGAAUUUGGCCCUGGAAUGGAAAAGUUUGUGAAUGGAAAUGAUCUGCAGUGCCAUAUAUCAAAAUCUUUACGUCACGUUGAAGACGUCUUUACUAUGACAAAACGACCAUUUCAUGAGCGGUCUACAUUUGCCGACACAGAGAGACGGGUGCGUGAGAUGAGAAUUAAGUUUCAGCGCAUUUACAAGGCAGAUUCUUCAGCUAUUGAAUAAAAAAUAGGAUGUUCAUUUACUGCUGUACGGAAAGAAUAUACAUUAGAUAAAGUCAAACUUGGGAGUACUGUUGCUACUCUAGAAUCCCUUCAAGCUAAAGGUAUCGAUAUAAACGAAAAUGAUUUGAUGAUAGUUGUCGCCUAUCACAUCAUACAUUGCUCGGGAGAAUACAACCAAGUACAGGCUAGACAAGACGCGUCAUCCGAUUACAGAAAACUCUUACUUUUUAGUAAAAGUUUACUUAAAAGUCAAAAUGAAAGAAUGAAUCAAAAUUCUAAACAAACCACUUACAUUGAGACCUUUUUGUACUUUUCGUUGAUGCACUGGCCUUUAAUCUCGCGAUUAGAAGUAUACCAAAACGACAUGUGCUCGCCAGAAGAACUUAUUUGGGUAUGUGAAAAAUGGCAAACGUUGUACGACCAGAAAUUCGACAACCGAAGGAAAAAUGAUCGUUUAAAAUCAGCAUCGAGCCUACCGGCGAAAACAUUUUUUGCUUUAGCAGUUGGGACGUCCAGGUUAUGAUUAUGUUGAUACAGAUCUGAUACGAACUAGAUGGCGACACGAGGAAGAGAAAUCUCACAGGCGCAAACGCAGAGAAGUUAAACGCGAUAACAUUUGGGAUCACAAACUUGGAUUGGAAACAUUUGUAAGGUUACAAGGAACUGUAGAUGGGUCAGGACGUAGUAUCGAUCACUGGGUAAAUUACAAAGGUAUGGGGCAAGCGUACAAGUUCAGCAUUCCGACAGGAGAGAAUUGUGCCGACUACCGAAACAGAUAUGUAACCUUUGCCUUGGGGUUUUCCUGGAGGGGGCCCCUUGCAUAUGGUGUCAACUUGAAAGUUUCAGAGCCUGAACAUAACAGAUUCCAAAAUAUAGAUGUCAAAAAAACGGAAAUGGGCAAUGUACAAAAGCUUCAUGAAUCCUUCCCAAAAGUAAACACCACAGAAGGAUAUGACAUCACGGACAAGAAAGUACAAGCCGAAGAUUAUGCACAGACAUCUACUGUUUUUUCAACGAACACUGUACCUACCAGCUUCGAUGCCUCUGUGCCACACACGUCAAAUGAAAAAGACCCUUGUAAAAUUGCGACAGAAACUGUGGUUUAUUCUCGUGUCAAUACCUCUGCAGAGGACGAUAUCAAUUCUACAAGCUUUGCUGUUACUGAAGGCAAGACGGAUUUACGCCCAAAGACGGCUCCGAAAAAGCUCAAAAAGAAGAAGUCGCCAAGACACUAAGUAAUCGUCAGCGGAUGUGGAUGAACGAAAAGCCAACCAAGAAAAAAAGGAAAUUAGAAAUAACAUGGAAACAUGCAAACACACCACAGACCAUAUUAGUAUAUUAGAAAAAGCUUAAGAUGUAAUUUGACAAAACAUGUCUCAAAUAUAAAUUGUGAAACUUUCCCUUGACUUCAUUGUUAAAACAAUUAAGUGUGUUAGUGUUGUUUGUUCCGUUAUGCUGUAUCAUUCAAUGCUAAUAUAAAACAGUAAAUGUAGCAUUGCAAUUGUAUAUAUAUGUAAUAUAUAGUGUUUAUAAAUGAUUUCUUUAUUUAAAUAGUUAUUAACUUGUAUAGUAUUGUAAACAUUGAUAGUUACGAUGACCGAAAUAUUUGAAAACCAAAGGCUUAUAUAAAUUCUUAAAAGUAUAUAAAUUAUUAUUAUACCGGAUUUAUAUAGCGCCCUUUUCAUGCAAUAGUGCACGUUCAAAGGCGUGAAUAUAAAUGCAUCAUUUUACAUAUUGCUAAAUAAUGUCAAACAUGAAGCAAUAUGUAAUUCGACUUGUCAUUGUCGAAUAUUAUUUUUUUUAAUGUUUUAUUACCAGCUAUAGAAUGUUUGGCAAAGUCAUAUAAUUUACGAAAUCAACAUUGUAAAAUAUGUUUUAUUGCUGACAUAUUUGCAUUGAAACAUGAAUAAUCAUACUUUACUACAUAAGAUAAAAUUUAUUAUUACUAUUAUUCUUGCAAAUUAUCCAGGACCUUACAUGUGUUUCGUAAAUUAUCGUUCCGGUAAUACUAUCAUUAAAAAGGCACAUCUUUCAGUAAUCUAAAUUUUACAUUAACAGAUCCAGUCUAGUGUUGAACGUCCUGAUUGAGCGACAUUUAUUCGUGAUUUGAACAGUUUUCUUAUAAAAUAUGAAGUAAGCUGCAUUUGUUCAGAAAGAAAAUAGCGUCUUUUGCAAUAAUGAAACAGAGUAAACCAAUUUGUUAUACUCGUGUGUUCAUGAAAAAGAGUGCUUAGUACAAAAUAUAAUAAGAAAAUUUGAAUUAUUAAUACCAAGUAAAACAAUAAAAACACCGAAACAUUGAUCCUGUAUACGUUAUAUGCACUCGAUCAGUUGUUAAGUAAAUAUUAAAACAUUACACGUGAUUAAAGCUGGAGUCGCCUCCUUGAAACGGCCAGUGUGAAAACUUAUUGUCAAUAGUCCGGCCCUGUGUUCCAUCCAUCGUAUAACCAUAAAUUAGGUAUAAUAUAUCGCAAGUGAGUGUUAUCAAUCUAAUAUUUUUUUAUUAUAAAAUGUAUUAUCACGAGUGCCGAUUAAGUGCUGUCAAGCUCUGCAAAACAAGUGUGUAAUAUUGUCUAGGUGUUUUGAGACUGCUUUAACGUUCAAAAUAGCAAAUUGUAAAAUAAACGGGGACAAUGUUUGUUUUUAUACUGAGAACAGUUGCUCAACAUGCGUGUGGGUGCAUAUGUUUUGCAUAUGACAGUUUGAUUUAUCUCCCAUUGCACAUAGUGCCUAGAACAUGUAUAUUUUUCUUGUUUUUGAAAAGAUGUUCUUACUUACCUUUCACAUAGUUCAGACAAGUAAGCAAAUAUGUACAUGAAUUUUUCAUAAACUGCCAUAGUAUAAAAAAAUUACCUUAAACCUUGUUUUUAUUGACAUUUGAAAUGACUGUACAUAAAACACAGACGCCUUUCACGUGUAUUUUAUGUACAAUGAAAACAUAGUUAAAAUAGAAAAUAUUUUGAAACAUUAGUAGAAAACUGUUAACUAUAAGGAAGUAAAACUCCAGCUGCUGGAGCAGUAUUGAAUUCUCAUUAUAUACAAUUAUAAUUUGGCGAAACCACCAAUCUUAUAGUUACAUUAAUACACAUUGCAAAUUCAACAUACAUAUAAGAGUAAAAGGCAGCUUGUCAGAUAAUGGUCUGUAAAAUUUAGUAUAACCUGCAGAAUUCUCAAUUGAUGAACAACACGUUUACUUUAUAAAUACAGAGAAUGUAUAAGAAUCUAAGUAUAAGAAAGAUUUAAAACCAAUUGGAAAGAUUGGUAUUGUCAUAACAUGUAUUGUGUCAUUAUUCAAUCACAUGUUCAUAGGUAGGCCUAAGCAGUCCAAACCAUUUUUAAUUAAACAUUAGAGUAUGUUUGAAAUUUUAUUUGAGCCGGGAAUAGUAGAAUAACGUUUACAACAGUGUAAACGUUCGAAAAAGAAAAUUGGGUUAAUAUUUUCCUUCUCUCUCUCAAGAAAAUAGAAAAAUGAUCAAGUUUGAGGUAUAUAUUCCAGCAUUCGAACUUACUCUGCUACAAAGAAUUCAAUCCUUUAGGAGAAAUUGCACAUAUAUGACAAAACUGUCAUUCUCUACUUAUACAUUCUUUAAUUGGAUUAAUCAUUUUGCUUAAAAUAUAUCUAAACGGGGUUUCAAACACUAUAUGGGUAUAUAUUUUAAAAAGAUUUUAACAUUAUUGUGGGAUAUAAGAAGCAAACAAAAAAGAAUUAUUGUAGUAUGCUCUUUGUUAUAAUCCAAAUAAUUUAUAUUAAUAAGACGUAAACGUUUUUUUAAAGUCAUGUUGUAUGGGUUAUAUUUAUAAAAAAAUAGUACCUUUAUUUAUGUUGAUGAAAUAAACAGAAUUUACAAAUUUGAACAAUCAUAUGGGAGAGACAAGAUCAAUAGAUCAAUUUAUGUAACAAAUGUUUAUCUUGUUCUACCCACCAAAUCAUCAAACCCAGUUUGAUCAUAUUAUUAGAACUAAUAUUGACAAAAGAAAAUUAUGUGCAAAAAGACUAUAAACCAUUUUAAAUACAAAAAGUGAUAUACUGGAUAUACUGAUGACCCAUUAUGUCCUUAUUGCAAACAAAGUGAGAAAAAUUUAGAUUAGAAUAAUUAUUCUUGGAAUGUCAGAUUUCUCAAGCAAUAAUUAACGAGAAGUUAUCAGGACAAAAUUUUGCUCUCAUGAAUAAGAAAAUGUUUCUAUUCAGAUAUUUUACAAAUACUGCUAGAUUAAUGAAUAAAGUUAUUUUGCUUUUUAAGAUUUACGUUUACGCGUGUAAAAUGAAUAAAUGCACUUAUAGUAUAACAGGAGCCAAGAAAUACACAAAGUAUAAAUAUGAAAAAAUACAUAUGUCAAAGAAAAAAAUUAGAAUCCUUUGACAGUAAGUGUGAUUUGUGUUAUGUUAUUGUUUCAGACUUAGUAUUUGAACAUGUUUUGUAGGUUUUACAGCUUCGUACAAACUCUAUUUUACCGUACCGUUUGUAAUCUCAAAUGAAAUUUAAUUUCCGGGAAAUGUGUCAUUAAACAUAAUUAUGCGUGCCUAUUAUUGUUUUCUAUGCCUUAAUGUGUUAUUUUUGCAUAUGAUAUUACAUUUUAUAAAUACUUUUAUUGUCUAUAAAUACUGGAAAAUGUCUUUUUUAAUUCUAAAAUGCUUUUCUAACACACAAAUGCAUGAAACUGUCUUUCCUUACAGUGUACCUGAUUCAAGUAUGUAACAAUUACCAAUGAAACAGUUAAUUAUAGUUUUUAAAUCUGAAGCCUUCUUUUCCUUUUUCACUAAGUAUGUACACUUAAAUGUUCGCUUUACACCUUUCCGUAUAUCGUUAUGUUAAAAAAUCUCCUACAAAGAAAUAAUAAUGGCUAUAACUCAUUUAUAUGAAAAAAGGGAUAUUUUUUCACUCUUAAGAGUAUUAUUAAUAAAUUAUUUUUAACAUACAGAUGAUUUUGUAGAAUAGUUCAAUUAAAAUGAAAAAAAUAAACAUUAUGCAUUUG